AAUGUCAGAUCAAAGCUCAUCUAGUGAACAGUACACCUUAAAACAUUGAACUUUCGGUCUGCAGUAGCAUAUAUUUCGUAGUCGAAGAUGGAAGAAGCUUCAGUUCUUCCCGCGGUUCCAGAACGGAAGCCAUGUGGUGUGUUCAAGCCGCCGUCCAUCUACCAAAAGCUGAUGGUCGACAACCUGACCGUCAUCCGACCGCCCAUCCUGAAGAUCUUCUACUGGGAGAGCUUCGACAUAACAGGCCUCAAUCGGAAGCUGCGUUCGAACAGCAUAGAGCAUGAGCAUACAUUCAAGAUCCCUAUACGCCAGAUCCACAGUCAUCCCCUGAAAAUGGUCUUCUGGCUUCGAAAUCUAUCGGCCACGAACGCCAAGUUGACUCUUAAGCGGAUCCAGAACUGCCAAUGCCAGCCGCUGCAGACCCAAGUCGGAUUCAACCAGUUCCGCCAGCUCUUCCACUGCCCACACCGCAGACUAGUUCACAUCAACCAGGAGAUCCUGUCCAUCAAACCGGAUGAGGUGGUGGCCCUCACCGUAACGGCCUACUUCUUCUUGUACGGCGAACACCUGCUCACCUACGAAGUGCAUACCGAAGACCAUCGCAAGUUUCUAUGGCACUUUCAUCUGGAGAUCUCGUCCUUCGACGCCGAAAAGUGUCUACUUACAAAGGAGUUGCUGCCGGUAAACAUUAAAAACUACUACCACAUAACGCAGCCGUUGUGGGUCCAAAAUAUCACCAUGUCCCACUUGGCCUUCUCGUUUGCUUCGAGGGAUCGUGGCCUGAAGCUGCUCAACAUGAAUCUCACCGUGCCUCGCCAGAGUGUGUGGCCCCUUCUGGUGGACUAUCGACCCCUGGACUACGAAAAUGAGGCGGAAAUCGUCUUAACUUAUGAAAAUACCAAGGCCCGCUACAAGAUUAAAGCACGAGGUGUGUUGACCGACGAGAAGGAGCAGACGGACAUGCCUUUGAAGGAGCAGGAAUGCGCCGACUUCCUGCACGUCAUCUAUCCCAAUAGAUUAAACUUCGAAGUCUGCCUGCGUGAGGAUCGGACGCAGCUGGUCAACGUCCACAACUAUGGACAGCAAUGCAUGGAGUUUCGAUGGCAGAGCUACAUAAUCAACGAUUUCUUCUCGGUUGUGUUUAACCCGCCAAUUUUCCGCCUCAAGGGCCACCACUCGAAGCUGUGCGAGAUCCGGGUGACGGUGUUCGACCGACUGGUGCACUUCCGCCGUAUUCCCAUCGUGAUGGAGGUGCACCGCAUCCUUGAUCGCGCCACCAUCAUAGCAAAACAGGAGCUCGAGGAGGUGGAGUCCAUCGACGACCCCAAAUGGAAGGAGGACAGCUACGUGGAGCACGUUUAUCUCCACCUGAAUAUCCGUUCCACCAUUAAGCCCGCUAUGGACUCUGAGGAGGUGGAACCGGGCGAUAGGAUCGAUCCCACGGCUGGUCCUGAGCCCUGUGCCCAAUUUGGUCCUGGCGAAGGCACCAGAGACCACGGCUCCGGUGAUGGUCCACCGACACGUGCACCGACCAGCGAGGAGCAGCGCAAAGAGGCCGAGCGCAAGGAGCUGAUCACCCGACUGGUGGCCAAGAACAAGCUCAAUCCCAACGAGGUCAUCGAGCUCAGCAUGGCCAUCGACCAGCGAAUCACCAUUUUCGAGAAGCUCUUCUGGAAGUACCUCAGCAAGUCCAAGUUCAUGCGCAUCAAUAGCGACCGCAAGCGGCAGAAGGUGGUCAAGACCUACGAGCAGGUGGUGUCCCCGGAUAAGACGACUCCUCUGGAGGCAGCCUCGGAAAUUGAUCGAAAUCAUAUCAUGGAUCUGCUGUCCCGACUGAUGCAGGAGGCCAUCAACGACUUGGCCAAGAACUGGGUCUUUAUUCCGGCGCAGUACUACGAACGCAACCAUUAAAAGUUUCCUCCGUUAACUAAA